AUGUUGCGGUCAUCGCUUCGGUCAGCGAGAUUGCUAGGCGGCAAGCCCGUUGCGGCUGCCGCCGGGCGCCAAUGGUCUGUUGCCGCGUCGCAACGAGCGCCCAUGCUGGCCAAGAGAUUCUAUGCCGACCAGAAAACGCCCCCCGUCCUGCCCACGUCCGAGACCCUGAGCUCUGAACGCACUCCUCCUCCUGCUCAGGGCCCCGUCGACACGACCAUCACGUCGGCAGAAAUUCCUCCCACGCCGCCGCCACCUCCUCCUACGUCCACCAGCGCGGCGCCCAAGUCCAGCCCGCCUCCCAAGAAGAAGAAGGGUUUUUUCAGAAGGCUGAGGAACUUUAUCUUCACCCUUAUGGUGCUUGGCGGCGCUGGAUUUGGCGCCGGAGUUUGGUACUCGCGCAUCAACGACUCCUUCCACGAUUUUUUCACCGAGUACAUUCCCUUCGGCGAGCAGGCUGUUCUCUACCUGGAGGAGCUUGAGUUCAAGAAGAGAUUUCCUCAGGCCCCCUUUGGCGGCGCUAGACACCCCGAUGCUGUCGAGAAAGUCAGGAUUCCUGCCCAGAGCGGCGCUUCCUGGAGGGUAGCGGACAAGACAGAGCCUUCUGAGCGCCGCACAAGCGCCUCGCCUGCUGCCAAGAAGGCUACGAAGCCAUCUGAGAGCAAGCCCGAAGAGGCUGCUAAACCUGCUGAGCCAGAGAAGAAGACUGUUGUCGCUGCUAAGCCAGUCGACAAGGUUUCUCCGGAAGAGCCAAAGACCUUCAAGGCCGCUGCGCCUGAAUCCAAGGAUAAGCCUGCUUCCAAGCCCCUGAGGUCUAUCGAUCUGAUGUCCCUGCCUGAUGCCAAGGAGCCCAUCGUUAGAGACCUUGUCCACAUGCUAAACGAUCUCAUCUUGGUUAUCAACGCCGACGGUGCGCACAACAAGUACUCUUCGACCAUUAACAAGGCCAAGGAUGAAGUCUUGAGGAUUGGCGGACGUCUGAGGGAUCUCAAGGACGAUGCUGAGAAGAAGGCUGCCGAAGAUGUCCGAUCCACCGUUGCGGAGUUUGAUUCCGCCGCCAACGAGCUUGUUCGACGUGUUGAGGGCUCUAUUGCCCAGCAAGAGGUUGCCUGGCGCCAAGAGUUUGAGGAGCAGAUGAAGACUGUUCGCGAGAGCUAUGAUGAGAGAGUUAAGCUUCUGCUUGAGCGCGAGCAGAAGCUCAACGAAGACAAGCUCCAGAACCAGCUGUUGGAACAGGCCAUUGCCCUCAAAAAGGAUUUCCUCAAGGAGGUUGAGAGCCGCGUCGAGCAGGAGCGUGAGAGCCGAAUUGGCAAGCUCAACGAUCUCUCAGCAGCCGUGUCGCAGCUGGAGAAGCUCACCCUUGGUUGGAACGAGGUCGUUGACACCAAUCUCAAGACGCAGCAGCUUCACGUUGCCGUUGAGGCUGUUCGCGCCAGUCUCGAGGAUGGCCAACACCCCCGUCCCUUCAUCCGAGAGCUCGUCGCGCUCAAGGAGAUUGCCACCGACGAUGCCGUUGUGGAUGCUGCCGUUGCCUCAAUCACACCUUCAGCUUACCAGCGUGGUAUUGCCACCUCAUCCCAGCUGAUUGACAGAUUCCGCCGUGUUGCCAGCGAGGUCCGCAAGGCCUCUCUGCUUCCCGACGAUGCGGGCGUUGCCAGCCACGCUUCCAGCUGGGUUCUUAGCCACGUCAUGUUCAAGAAGCAGGGCCUUGCGGAGGGAGAUGAUGUUGAGAGCAUCUUGACCCGCACGCAGACUUACCUGGAGGAGGGAGACUUGGAUGCUGCGACCAGAGAGAUGACUGGCCUGCAGGGUUGGGCAAAGACUUUGAGUAAGGAUUGGCUGUCUGAGGCUCGAAAGGUGCUUGAGGUUCAACAAGCGCUUGAUGUCAUUGCUGCAGAGGCUAGACUACAGAGCUUGCGCGUAGAGUAA